AGCUGGUGGGUUCCAGAAGCAAGGCAUGGCUUUGCUCUCCAAAGGUGGCUAUGGCGGGCUCGGUGGUACUGCGAGUCUCGGGAGUACUUCUCGCAGUGGAGGCGGCGGCGGCAUCCUGGCUCGCGGCGGCCCGUCCGGGCGCAGGAAGCCCACGAGGCAGGGCCUCGACGACGAGCAGCUCGAGGAGAUCCGCGAGGCCUUCAACCUCUUCGACACCGAGCAGUCCGGCGCCAUCGAUGCCCGCGAGCUCAAGGCGGCCCUGAGGGCCCUGGGCUUUGAGGUGAAGAAGGAAGACGUUAGAAGAAUGCUGGCUGACAUUGGCAAGGACCCAUCGCAGCCAAUCGACUUCAACGAAUUCUGCGAGAUGAUGAAGGGGAGGCGAACCGGCACCAGGAAAACAGGAAAGUUCGAAACAAUGAUGCCCGACAAGAACUCCAGGUCAGAGAUCGACAAGGUCUUUGCACUCUUUGACGAGGAUGAGACGGGCAAGAUCUCCUUUAGAAACCUCAAGCGCAUUGCACAGGAGCUCGGGGAGAGCCUCACAGACGAGGAGCUCCAGGAGAUGAUCGAGGAGGCCGACCGGGACGGCGAUGGCCUGAUCAACCCGGACGAGUUCUACCGCGUCAUGCGAAAGCGCGGAGGAAACCCCUUGGACGACUGGGACAGCGAUGAAGACUGAGGAGAUUGCUGCAUUUCACUGCCCUGUGUGAGCGGCGUUUGCGGGUUAUCCACAGCAAAAUUCGCUGUGAGGGGAAGGGUGCAUUGUGCAUGUCAUGGACGUCCCGCAUUCCUGAUUAGGAAUUGGCGCACCGCGAGUCUGCAAAAAA